AUGAGACUGCUCAACGCCCGCACCCUGAAGAUGGAAUAUUUUCUGUCCGAGGACGACUUCCCACCGUUCGCAAUCUUGUCCCACACCUGGGGCAAAGAGGAGACAGACUUUUGCAGCCUGCUCUCGUCCAUUACACGUAUCGCCGAGAAGUACCUCACCGGACACGAUAUUUUCACAGCCAGCAUCGCCCAGAGAAUGUCCUGGGCUUCACGUCGCCAAACCACUCGCAAAGAAGAUAUCGCCUACUGUCUCUUCGGUAUCUUCGACAUCAACAUGCCCUCGGUCUACGGAGAAGGUACCAAGGCCUUCCGGAGGCUCCAGCUUGCCAUUAUUCAGGCUUACCCCGAGGACCACACCAUAUACGCCUGGGGGGCCGUUGUUGAAAAGGUCUCUUGGCUGUAUCCGGAGGACAAGGCCUGGGCUGACACGCCUCCGAAAUGGGAAGAUGCCGAAGAACGGGAGGAGCUCGGACUGUUGGCGAGCUCCCCCAAGGACUUUGUUGAGUCUGGUCUGUUUGUUCCAACCCCGUUUGGCUCCGAUUUUUAUAUGUUAAAUCAGUACGAUGCCAAGCUUCCUGCUCAGAUUGGCAACACGACCAUCCGCCUGGACCUGCCAGUGUAUCCUGGUGUUAGGCUGUGUCUCCGCAGACAGCAUGCGCUACAGAUGGCACAACUUCGCUAUGUUUGUUCGCACUCGCGAGAUAGUUCGCUGUACAGACCCCGCGACUAG